AUGGACAUCGAUAUCAUCGAAGAAAGCCAGCAAGGCGGCUCCGGUCAGUCUCCACGACGCCCCAUCAUUGUCCCCGUCGACGAUGCCCACCCUUUCGACCUCGAGGGCUACAUCGCCAACUACACAGACCGAACUGCUAUCGACCGCCUCAUCCACAUCGCCAGCAUCUGUCCCUCAAUCGCGAUGGAGGCCUUCCAGCUCUGCGUGCAGCACAUCCAUCAAUCGCGCGACCCCACCUUGUACCAGGCCCUGUUAACAGCGUAUGAGCAGACGAGCAACGCGUUGGAUAUGCCCCUUCCAAACCCAUUGGACCUCGCACAGCUCGAUACAAAGUGGAUGGACGAGAUCAUCGCGAAAAAUCAAGCAGAGCGGACAAAGUUGGAAGUCGAACUAAAGACUUAUAGCAACAACAUGAUCAAGGAGAGCAUUAGGAUGGCCCAUCGUGAUUUGGGUGACUUUUAUAGGUCAACGGGGGAUUAUGCCACUUCGCUGAAACAUUACACAAAGUCACGCGAGUUCUGCACGACCAGCCAGCAUGUCCUCGACAUGUGUCUUUCUAUACUCGAGCUCAUGAUCGAACAACGCAACUACUCUCAUCUAACAACAUACGUUUUCAAAGCAGAUGCAGCUCUUGACUCCGCCGCAUCCGCCGCAGCCUCAUCAUCCAACAACGGCGGCGAUUUGGCGAUGGCCACCACCGCUGCCGCGAGCGCACUGUCGUAUCUAGGGCAAGCGAACUACGAGAAAGCUGCACAGUGCUUUUUGAAGUUGGGCCCGGCGAAGGAUUUGGGGGAUUGGCUUAUAGCCCCGGGCGAUAUCGCAAUCUUUGGCACCCUCUGCGCUCUCGCUAGCUUCUCUCGCUCGGCAAUCAAGAGCCGGGUUCUUGAGAAUUCAAUCUUUGGGGCUUAUAUCGAGCAGGAGCCAUAUAUUAGGGAGUUGAUCGCAGCUUACAUGAACAGCAACUUCAAGACUGUUUUGGAGCUCUUGUCACGGUACUCCACACGUCACUACGUCGAUAUCCACCUCUGCCCCCACGUACACGACCUGACGAACCUUAUUCGGAACUGGGCCGUGGUGCUGUACUUCCAGCCCUUCGCCACUAUCAAGCUCGAGCGGAUGAGCGCUGCGUUUGGGUGGACCGUCGAGGAGGUCGAGCAGCAAGUCGUUGCGUUGAUACAGAGUGGGGCUAUACAAGCCCGGGUCGAUAGCCAGAACAAGAUCUUGCAAGCUAAGAAGACAGAUUAUCGUGCGGAGCUGUUCGCGCGUACUAUUAAAGCCGGGAAGAGUAUGCAGACGACGAAUAGGAAGUUGCUUUUGCGUAUGCGGUUGCAACAGGCGGAGUUGCUUAUCAAGCCUCCCAAGGGAAGCGCUCAUCACAGUGCUUUGACCGACUUCCUUCAGAGCGGAGGGGAUUGAUUGUUUUUCGCUGUGCAUCCAAAUUGUACUACAUACAUACUCUCUUGAACGCGCGCGUUCGAGCUU